UAGUGCAAAGCUCGACGACGGAAAUGUAUAUUUGUCAAGAAUGCCGAUGAAUCAUAUAUCAGAUUGGAUGCUAGUCUUGACGAAAACAGUAAUGAUAUGGACACAACAGAAUCCAGUACACAUUUACCUGAGUCUAAUGUUCACCACCAGUUUAUUGGUCAGAACGAACUACAUACUACUCUUCACCAUGAUGGAACACAACAACAACAACAACAACAACAACAACAACUACAGCAACAACAGGAACAGCAACCUUUUACUAGAACAGAAAUCUUGGUGGAACAACUUACUGAAGGAUUGACAAGACUUGCAUUGCAUCAACAGGAAGAAAGGGAAGAUAAAACGAUAUCAUCUGGAUUUGCACCAUCAUCAGCAACAGUUGGUUCAUUCUUUACAUCAUCAUUCAUCUCAACCUCAAUGGCCAAUAGCAAUAAUAGCGACACUGCUUCCCCAUGGCGUAGUUACGGUGAUUUUGUUCGAUGGACACCCGAAGCAUAUCCACCUACAAAGUAUUCUGUUCCAUUGGAAAUGCCAAAUCAGUCGAUUCAAGAACAGUUGAUCAACGUAUUCUUCUCUCAAUGUUCUCAUCUUCUUCCUACUAUCUCAAGACGACUCUUUUAUGAUCAAUUGGAAAUAAAUGGUCCUUUGAUUACACCUCUAUUACUCAAUGUUAUGUAUGCUCAUGCAGCAAAAUACGACCAUUUAUGGGGACAACAAGGUAGUAAGAUAUUUUAUUCUCGAGCACGACAAUUAGUGGAUGAUUUUUUGGAUAUUCCUCGUAUGAGCACAGUAAUGGCACUUCUUUAUUUGGCGGCAUAUGAUGAUGGAACAAAAUCAAGUCGAUGUUGGAUGUAUACUGGUAUGGCGGUACGAAUGGCAAUGGCACUUGGACUGUACAAAGCAAACUAUUACAGCAACGAAAUGACUCAGUUUGAUGUAGAAUUACGUAAAAGAGUACUUUGGGCGUCUUACGUGAUGGAUCAGUUACAAAGCACUUUGAUGGAACGACCACCUAUGUUAACUUCAAACCUUAUUUCUUUGGAUCUACCUACUCCUUUACCUGAAGAUAAUGAUCAAGAACGUUUGGCUGUCUCUGCACUAUCUCAACUCUGUCGUUUGGUCAUGAUAUUGGAAAAAGUGGUCAAUUAUUUUGCAUCAAAGACUCUUUCUCAGCAACGUCAUCAUCAUCAACAACAACAACAACAACAGCAACGACAACAAAAAGAUAGAACAUGGAUAACAGGAUUAUCUACAACAACUUUGGAUGAUGAACAACAAAUCAUGACAUUUUUAGACGAAAUCAAAUAUUGGCAUAAUAGACUUCCGCACAAUCUUACAUGGUACGAUGACAACAUUUAUAACGAUAAUACUGGAAAUAAUGGAAAUGACAGUAAUCACUUCUCAUUACAUCAACAUCAACAUCGUUAUCGGCAUUCCAAUGGCGGUCAGCAUUGGGCAAUUGUCAACCUUCAUUUAUUAGCAUUUAUUUUGGAAUUAUCUAUACUCAUGUGCUAUCAACAACCAUCUAUCAUUACUGAAAGAGGCAAGUACCUGAUCAGAUCAAUAUCACAAUUGGUUUCUUGGACUCUUCAUCAACCUCAACUCCGGAUCUCCAUGACAUUGACUGCAUUCUCUGGAUUACUUUGUGCUUCGACAUUAUUGAAUCACUGUAUUUCAUCAUCAUUAGCAACAACAGAAAAAACAAAUAAUCACCAGGAAAAUGGCAACGAUAGUAUUGGAUCUACGACAAAUAUACUCUUUCGACAGUGUCUUAUGGACGUUCGACAAUGUUUACAAUAUAUACCAACCCACGAUAUUCAUCGAUUUUCACAUUUAGUAGAUACUGUUUUAUCAUCUUCCUCUACUAAUACAGCAACAACGACGAUACCUAUGGAUGCAGCAGCAGCAGCGGCAGUAGUAUCGGCAACAGGUGUAGUAGGUGGAGAUCAUGAUUUAGAUAUAUUAUCAACGGUAUCACCUUUGCAUGAUAGUAUUUAUCAACAGCAGCAACAACGACAACAACUUCAGCAUACGACAAAAAUGGGCAAUUAUUCCUCUUUGGUGAUGCCAAUGUAUGACAAACCAAACAAUUCACUCUUACAUGGUCCGGUUUCUCAACUAUUACAACCAAGUUCAACAGUAUGUGCAGCUACUCAUCAUCCAAUGAAAUCAACAUCGUCAUCAUCUUCUUCUCGGUCUUCAUUUGGUUUACCAUCAUUGACUUCAACUUUAUCCAAAAAUUGGAAUCAUACUAUUGAACCAGCGGAUUAUACUUUUGAAUUGAUCUCUGUGGCAGAUGAAUGGGCAAGAUCUCUGAAUUACGAAACACAACAACGAAUGGAUUGAAUAAGUUUAUCAAUAAUUUUAGAAGAUAGAAUAUAGUUUGUCUAUUUUAGAAUUUAGAAUAGUUUAUUGAUAAUAAAAUAUAUAUAUUUUGACUUUUU